AUGAAUAUCCUCAAGUCUUUUGGAAUUGAACAUGGAAAGGCUAUCAAACUGCAAAAGAAGGACAGCUUUAGAAUAUUAUCUAGAAACAUUCUCACAAAUUAUUUAAUGGACCAAAAGAAAACAAAGAGAAUCUACUGGCAACAAGGUUUUGUUAAAAACGCAAAGCCAAUGAAAACAUCUUUGAAACAAUUGAGAUUGGCAUUCGUAACAAACUCUGAUCAUGUAACAUUUGUUAAAUUAAUGGUCACUAGUUUGUUGGAGAAGACUUUAGUUCAUGAUUCUUCUAAAUUGUUGACGGAAUCCCAGUAUUCCUAUUCCAAGCAGAUAGUCCUUCCAACAUUGAAAUGUAAUAAUUCAAAAACUGUCAUUCAAAACCUUAGAUUAACAAUAGAUGUGGUAACAGAAAAGGAAACUAUUAAGGUUUCUCCAGUGGAUAAUGAUUCUAUAUUCGAGUCAAACUGUUUUAUAAUCGUAUUUAACAGAAUGCAAAGAAGUAGUUGGCAAAAUAUUAUGGAUCACGCAGUCAGGUUUGUUCGAAACCAUUCCAUCAAAGAAAAGCCAAUGAUUCUUGUGGGUAUGAAUUGGAGUCCUCUCUUUCAUCAGAAAAAUAGGAUGAACCACUUUCUUCACGCGAGAGUGGUCAAAGGUUCGAAUGAUUUCGUAACCAACGAUGAGAUUCUUCAAUUUUGUAAAAAGAAUGGCAAUGUACUGGCCUUUGUAGAUGCUAAGCCUCAUUCUGACGGGGAUCUUAAUGAUGUGAUGAACCAUAUUGUAAAAUCUACCCUAUACUCGGACUGGCUUUCAGGAUUCUCUGAUUUGGAAUUACAAACAUUCACCUCGAAUUUGUAA